GCCGAAUUCGUCCAUUGUUGACCGCGAUCGUCGUUCUUUCUUCAUUCAGAAAGCCAAACUUGCUCGCGAAAACAAAGAUGCUAUUCAGAUCCGCCCUCCUCGCAACCGCUUUGUGCCUCUCCGCCACGGCUGCGGCGAACACCAAUGCCCCCGUCGUCACUGACAACGAUGAUGUGACCUACUACGCGCAGCUACAGCCCAAGGAUAACACCACUGUCCGCGGGUCUGUGACCAUUUUGCCUAAGCCUAGCGGCGUGGGUGUCCUUGUUUCGGCGCACUUCUGGGGAAUCCCCGAUAAUGAACAGCAGUUGGUCUACCACAUCCAUCAAAAGCCAGUCCCUAAGGACGGAAACUGCUACAGCACCGGCGCCCAUCUGGACCCUUACGGCCGCGGCGAUGCUACGCCCUGCGACAUCAACGCUCCCCAGACCUGCCAAGUCGGCGACCUCAGCGGCAAGCAUGGACCGAUCUGGGCACCCGACAACGAGGAAUUUACUACCACGUACACUGACUGGUUCCUCUCUAAUGUGGAGGGAGAGCCUGCUUUCUUUGGAAACCUCUCAUUGGUCGUGCAUGCGGCGGAUAACUCGCGCCUGGCGUGUGGAAACUUUGUGCAGCUGAAGUAAGACUGGAUUGAUGAACAAUUUCUGCUUGGGACUUUAAUGUAUUGUUGGGCUGGUGUUGUAAUUGGGUUAGGUUUGGAUUUAAUACUUAACUAUCGGCAUGGUACGUCCUUGCCUAUGUGAGACUCUGCACACAGCCC